AUGGCAGACAAGCUAAAGACCCUGGAAACUUCGCGCGGGUUCACGUACUCCUAUCGUGCACACCCGGCCAAAGGAAACAAGCCCACGCUGCUCCUCUUCCAUGGCUUCCCCGACGAUGCGACGGAGUGGACAGGCCUGAUCGAGGGCCACCUCUUGCCCGGUGGCUUCGGCGUCGUGGCGCCCAAUCUCCUGGGCUACACGGGCACCUCGAAGCCGACGGACCCGGCCGCCUACAAGUUCCGAAAGAUGGUGCAGGACAUUGUCGAGAUCCUCGAGGCCGAGUCCGUCGACAAAGUCAUUGUCCUGGGCCACGACUGGGGCAGCUCCUUUGCCCAGCGCUUCUACAAUCUCGCGCCCGGCAGGGUUGCCGGUCUCGCCAUCGCCAAUGUCGGCUACAGGAAGCCAACAAACGAGCAAUUUGACCUGGACGCGGUGCUCAGCCUCUCGACGAAGCUUUUCGGCUACGGCACCUUCUGGUACUGGAAGCUCUUCACUACGCCGCAGGGCCCGCGCAUCCUAGGCGAGCACCUCGACUCGCUCUUCAGCCUCGCUCACCCAGCCGACACCAGGAUCUGGCUCGACACCUUUUGCAAAGAGGACGGGCUGGAAGCGUUUCUCAAGGCCGACAAGCAGACCGAGGUGCAGCCCUAUGCGACGGCCGAGAUGCGACAGCGCUGGAACGCGCGGCUGGCUAGAGAUGGCCUCGAGGCGCCCUGCUGCUGGUACAGGGCCGUGGUCGAAGGACACCAGGUCGGCGAAGCAGACGAAUCGAACCAGGUGGUCCAGGUGCCCUCGCUCUUCAUUGGCUACUCCGACGACUACAUCUGUCGGCCCGAGAUGAACGAUGCCACUCUCCUCCCUCACCUGACGACAGUGACGCUGACAGGAGGCCACUGGGGUCUUUACGCAUACCCAAAGGCAUUUGGUGACACCGUCGUUGGUUGGGUUAACUCCAUCUCCGUCUAG